AUGGUUGAGGUUUCCUUGACAGUAGGAAAGUUAGACGCUUCUUUGGCGCUAUUGCUAACCAAAGAUCAUCAUUUGAUUGAAUUUCCAACCAUCUUGCUUCCCAAUGGAGUUAAAGCUGGGUCGAUAGUCAAAAUCAAGUGUGAUCAAGACUUUGAAAGCGAGAAGGAAGAACUGCUUCAUUUUCAAAGCAUCCAAGAUGAGAUCUAUCAAACCUUUGCUACACAUGCGCCAAAAGCUCCCAACUUAAAGGUCAAGAAUAUUACUCAAACUUCAUGCGUUUUAGAGUGGGAUCCUUUAGAGUUGGGCACAUCGAGUUUGAGAAACUUGAUCUUGUUUAAGGAUGGAAAGAAGUUGGGCUCGAUACCGCAACCAUUGACCAAUAAAACGUCUAAAUUGUCAGGAUUACCAGUAGACAAGAUGUUUAAGUUUCAAUUGAGGUUGGACACCUCUGCUGGCACGUUUAUGAGUCAAGAAAUCGAGGUGAAUACUCACAAGAUGACCAAUUUAUCUGGAAUCACCGUUUGCAUUGGGGAUUUGAGUCCUAAUGACCCGUUCUCAAGGCAGGACAUCGAAGAUGCGUUGAAGAAUAUGGGUGCAAAACAUCCUGCGCAGGAUCAGGUGAAAGUCGACACGACGCAUUAUUUGUGUACAAGGGAAAACAAACAAAACCCAGAAUACAUCAAGGCGAAUGAAAUGAAUAUUCCAAUAAUAAGACCCGAAUGGUUAAAAGCGUGUGAAAGAGAAAGAAGGAUAGUUGGUGUUCGUGAUUUUUAUGUCAAAGAGUGUGUUUUGCCAGACUUGUUUGCGAAAAAUUAUUGGGCUGAUACCACUCGUGUGAAAAAAAAUGAACAAAGCAGCGUACCUGAGAAGGCACAUAAUUCUACCGCGGUAUCAGAUCUGGGGGGAGAGAAGGAGACCGUAUCAGAAAAGAAGGAUGGAAAAGUUGGAGAAGAAACUACAGCUUAUAAUGAAAGUGUAAGCGAAAAUGGUAAUACAACCAGUGGAAUCAAUGAAAAGUCACCUGUUAGUGAUGGUAUACGUUCAGGUGAAUCGGAGAGUACUACUACACCAGGUGAUGUAGCGGGUACAGAUGCAGCGAGAGCAGGAGCAGCAGCGGUUGUUCAAAGUGCUGACGCUAUAGAGCCCUCCCAAGUUAGCGAAGAAGCUAAUGUAUCCAAACAAAAUGCAAUUGAAGUGAGCAAAGAUUUAAACAAAAACACAGAUUCACAAGUACCAGAAUCCAGAGAAGGGGAAAACUUAGAGCCAGCUUCUACUUCAGAUGCGGUAACUCAGUCAAGUAAUGAUAUCCAGCCCGAGGAACUUGAAAAAACCAAAGUAAAGUCAGAAGAGGUCAAGAAAGACAUUAAUGAUGCAUUUGAUACUGAUCUGGUUAAGUAUCAUGUGGAUGUCAUCAAUAUAUCAACUGACACUGAAAACCACCAAAAAGAUAUUCAAGAGGCUUUUGAAAAGAAGGAUCAUUCAAGUGAAAACUUGAAUAAGGAAAUUGUUAAAGGAGAAGAAGAAGAAGCAGCAGUCAACGUCGCUGGUGAAGAAAUCAAGGAAAAAGUUGACGUUGACGUUGACGUUGAUGACAAAGAGGAUGAUAACAAUGAGGAUGAGCCAAAAGAGCAGUCAAGCCAACCCGAAAGCAGUUCUGGUAAGAAAAAGAAAAAUAAGAAAAAGAAGAACAAUGUAAAGGAAACAUGA